AUGACUUUUUCAAAUUCAUUAUUUUUAUCAUCAUUAGGAUAUAAUUAUUUUGAAAAUACAUUUGUAACUUUAAAACCUUUACUUUUUGAUGACAAAACUUUACUGUUUCCAAAAUAUCUUUUUUAUAAAAGCAAAUCAAUUUUAAAAAAAGAAAAAAAUUCAAAUAUUUUAAUUAUUGCUUUUAAUAAAGAUGAAAUUAAAGAAUGUUCUAGAACAUUCGAAGAAUAA